AAACUAAAAACAGUUGAACAGACAGCCGCGGCGCGGUAACGUGCGUCGCUCCUUUUUGGAAUGAACGUUCAGCCGAAAUACAUUCACGGUUCAUAGAUAAAAUAGAAAAUUACUUACGUGUGAAUAAUUAUCAUAAGCGAAAAAGAGAGUGGUAUUUUUUUUAGUGUUAGUGUGACGUUAGCGGAGGUGUAUGCGUGUGUGUGUGUGUCGUGGCGUGGAUCGGUGCGCAAUUAUUAACGAUGAUUCACUUGCGCGCGGGUGAAAUGCAGCCUAUCGGACUUGUUGACAUAUGUUCAGGAGGAGUAAACAAAUGAUAUCGAGAAUACUCCUAAUAUAAUGGUGGAUUGAUUCAUUGUCCCGCGGCCGGUAUAACAGUCGCGUAAAAGAUGCCGCUAACACAAGAGAAACGCUUGGAUAAUAAUUUCUCCAACAACAAUGACCAUAGCUAUCUUCAUAAGAAAUUUAAAAAAAUGGCAUCUACUAUGUCAAUGCUUCCGGGCAGUUCGAUCAAGGGAGAAGAAAGUGGACGCCAAGGAACCAGCCUUUUACAAGUUACUAGUAGUUCUACCAUAACAAAUGGAAGUAUUUCAGCAGCUCACCCAGAAAUAGAAAAAAUUAAAGAUAUAAUAUACGAUAAACGCAGCUUCGAUGUGGAAAAAAAUGUACAAACUAAUUUUAACGAAGAAAACUUUAGAUUAAAUGAUGUAAAUAAUUUUGUUCAAAUACCUGGUAAAACCAGUUUUUCUGAAGAAUUUUUAAAUAAGACUGAAAACCUUGAAAAUGAUUUUAUUAAAGAAACAUACAGUGGAGGAGCAGGGCGAUACAUAUGCCCCUAUUGUAAAAUAUCAUGUGCCAAGCCUUCUGUUCUACAAAAACAUAUCAGGGCUCAUACAAAUGAGAGACCGUAUCCGUGUAUACCUUGUGGAUUUGCUUUUAAGACAAAAUCAAACUUAUACAAACACCGAAGGUCAAGAACGCAUGCUUUGCGGUUGCAAGGAGCAGAUAUAGCCACUGCAAUCAACGAUGAUGACUUGUCAGGCGAUUCCGAAAGUGACACGUCAAUACCACCAACGUCCUUAUCAGGUUCAGAUAGGGAUCAGAGUUCGGAUACUUCAAUGAUUCGUUCAGAAAAGAGACCAAAUGAGUUUUCUUCACCAGAAUUAACUAAUGACUGUAACAAUAUUCUGCUACACUCGAUUUCUUCCUUGAAUGACAACAACAAAUCAAAAGCAAUUUAUAAACCCAAGUUCAGAGCAGCUUUUUAUCAUGGCAUGGAUGAUAAAGAUAAGAUAAAAAAGACUAUUUCACAGAAUACUGACUUUCUUACACAUAUCUCUAAAAUUAUAUCAGAUAAUGAGGCCAUUGUUGAUGUUAUUGAAACUCCUUUACAAAAAAAGUAUGGUAAAAUUAAACAAAUAGCGGAAAGUAAACAGUUUUUAAACGAUAUAGAGAUCACUGCAGAUCAAACACCGUUAAAUUUAACUAAAAGUUCUUACGACACUGACAAUUUAAUGAGGAAGAGGUCUCACUCAGAUAGUUUUGCUCAGAUUGUUGACGACCAAAAACAUCCUCUAAAUCCCGAGGGAUCAAUAAUUAAAGAUCUCCUACUUAAAACAAAGGCGAAUGGACUUAAUCCUGUAACAAGCGAAUUAGUAGAUGGAUUGGGACCUCUCUACGUAUGUUCUUUAUGUCAAAUAGUAUAUAGAAGUGCAGAUAAUUUAGAAAUCCACAGAUUGUACUAUUGCAAAGGAGCCUUAUCAAACAAUCCACCUAUUGUGAAUAAUGCUCAAAAAGAAUUAAAGAGUGGGAGACCCGAAAAUGUGUUUGUUAGAAGUAAUUCUAUUAAUGUUAGAUUUCCUGACAAUGUGAUGACUCCAGUUUCGAGAGUUAAUAUUUCAGCCCAAUCACCACCAAUAAAACACAAACCUGAUAAUAUUGUGAUUUUAAAGGCAGACAGUAAUGACGUUAUUGCCCCAUUGCCAUCUCCAGGACCAUUACUGGGUAAUACGAGACUUGUAGAUACUAGAAUACCAUCGGAGUUCAAUAAAAAGACUGAAACAUUAAAAAUAAGGCCUAAAGAAUCUAGUCCAAAGAGACGACUUGAUAGUAGAUCGGAAACAUACAGUCCAAGACUUCUUGAUAACUUGUCACCCAGAUCUGCAGAUUUAUAUUCUCAACCUAAAAUGAGAUGUAUGGAAAUAAAUACACCGCUGAGACCAAUGGAGGAAAUGUCACCCCAUGUAAGGCAUAAUUCUACUUCUCUUCAAAUGUUUGGUGGUGAAGUAAAAAUAGUUGAUCAUUCAGGUAGUACUACGACGUUACGCAUUGAACCCAGUAAAACUCAAUUAUCUCCGAUUUUAAUACAUCAAAAUCUUUCACCUUCAAAAUAUGCUAUCGAUUCAGAAGCAAGCAGUGUUGUUGUUAGAUCAGGUCUUCAUUCCGGAGGGACAAUUGUUCAUAAUCCUCCAACACCAAAAGAUACCAUAAGCACGGCUCAAAUACAAACCUCCAGGAUUUCAGUAUCAACACCGACCGCACAGAACUCAAAUUUGCUAAACAUCCAUGAUAUAACUCACUUUCAAUUUCCACCACUUAGUGCUAUUACCGCCUAUAAUCCUUUGACGUUGCCUCCACUCAGUCCAUCGUCAUCACCUAACGGUGCUACAACCAUAUUUCAUGGUGGAAAGAUGAUACCUCAUGUCCCAGGAAUUCCCGGGCCUAAUACACCUGGCUUACUGGUUGGGAAUAAUAGCACACAAAUCAAAAAUGUUUGUCUUAAAAACGUGAAGUCAGAGAACAUUUUAGAUAGUGUAUCGCUCAAUAUGCAAACUGGAAAAGGAAGUACAAGUUAUGACAGAGUAUUUAACUCUAAAAGUCCUAAUACAAAACAAUCUCAUUAUGAUAUUGAAAGACAUAAACAAAAUAAAGAUAAUUACAAUUCAGAAUUACAAACCCUAUCCACUGUACCGGUUAUAAAAAUCAAACACGUGGACGAGCCAAUCGUUUCAACACCAUAUCCAGCUAAUAAUAAUGUUAAAGUAGCGGUACGAUUUGAAGGUGCUACGAAAAGAAAUGCAGAAGGCUUUCCAAGAAUGCCUGUAUUGAAAGAAAAUUCGAAUUAUCUAUUAAUUAAGAAAAAGAUUAAAGAUCCGAAUAUACCGAUUCCAAAAAAUGUCGAUAGUAAAUCAGAAACUGAAAUGAAAAAUUUUAAUUUCGAAAAUCUGAUCACCAAAGUAGAAAUAUAUAAUAAUCAGAUUCAAAGUUCUUCGGAGGUGCAGAAAAAUUGUACUACCACAGAAACAUGUGCAACAUCACUUCAAAAUGAGAGGUCUGAAACAUCAUACUUUCAAAAAAAUUUAGCAGCGAAGUCGUUGAAUGAUGAGAGAAAACCAAAGUUUUUGAGACCAUCAACAUUGCCUCUGAAACCUGGCACUUUUACUCCGAAAAAACACCAUGGGAUAACACCCAAUGCAAAUACUAUGCCAUUAAUAUCUCCUGAAACUCCUCGCCCAGCGAAAGCUUAUGGGCAACUCUAUCUCAAUGGCAAUGCAUACACAUAUUUGGGUUUAAAAUGCUCAACAAAAGUUUUUUACUGCACUAUUAAUCGUCCACAGCCAACAUAUGUACCGAAUCAACAUUUCCUAUCGAUGUACAGUAAUUGGCAGUUAUUAUCAGAGCUGACGCCAGACCCGCUGGGACUGUCAGCAUCGUCUGCUAUGUCUCUAUAUGACUCACGUCAUCGACCGCAGAACGUGGCUGUCUCUGUGAUUAAACAGGAUCUCAUAUUGACUCAUUCAUCGCAAUGGAAUAAAAAUUCGAAGGACAACAAACAGAGUAUACCAUUUAUGGAUUCAAACAAGUCGGAGGAAUUGCGAAAUAUUGCUGAAAAUAUAGCAACAUCCAAAAAAGAAUUAACUGGUGGCUUUGAAAGUAAUGAAGAGUAUACAUAUGUACGUGGUCGUGGCAGAGGACGUUACGUUUGUUCUGAAUGUGGGAUUCGCUGUAAAAAACCUUCCAUGCUCAAAAAACACAUUCGUACCCAUACUGAUGUCCGACCUUAUACUUGUGUUCAUUGCGUUUUUAGCAGACAUUUCAGCUUUAAAACGAAAGGCAACUUGACAAAACACAUGAAAAGUAAGGCGCACUACAAAAAAUGUUCCGAAUUAGGAAUAAAUCCAAACGAUGGCAACGACGUCGAGGGUAUCGAGAUGGCGCAGUGCUCAGGCGAAACUGAUGACGACACUGAUUCAGAGGGCGAUGAAGGGAACGAAGGCGAAACAGAAUCUAGUGAUACAGAGAUUUGUAAAUCGCGACUACCAGAACACGAAGCUGCACACUGUUUAUUAUCUUUGGGCGGAUGUAGACCCGCUACGUCGGCGACUCCUGGCUUAAUUACUAGCGCCAGGCCUUCUACUUACCCUUAUACACCUAUUAUGUUAGAUAGUGAAGCAGAUAACUCUACAGAAAAACUACAAGCAGUAAGGACACCUAUAUCAGAUUCAAUAAUGGACGUUGAUAAUGAACCCAUGGAUCUUAGCAAAAAUGAAAUAAGACCACCAAAUACUGUACCCGAAAUACCAACUGCAAGAGAGUCUAGUGUUUUGGCAUCAUUAGCUUCAAAUACAGCUAAACUACCCCAACAUCACAGUCAAUGGGUUAAUGGUGAACCAAUGCUGCACACGUAUUUAACUGAGCGGGCUUUAUUAGACUCUAAAAUAAAACAAAGCCAGCAAACGUGUAAUCCUAAAACAAGAAAAAUUGAUUUGGAGAAUUCUAUGUUUCCUAAUAAAGAUUUUGAAAAAAGCCAGAAAAAAAAUUUGAACACUUCUUUAGUAAAAAUCAGUGCAAGUGCAACGGCAAACAGAGUUACUAAAGAGAAUAAUAUUAUUGGUGAUGUUCCAUUCAAUUCAACGAUGACUAUUAACACUAUAACUACAGCAAGAACACCUACAAAUCUGCAUUUAGAAAACUCUAACUAUAUGAAACAUGCCCAAAUUACACUUUUGAAAACUUUGGACAACCCUUUAGAUCGUCACUCAGAUAUACCAAACGAUGAUAAUAACGGAAGUAAUAUUUUUCUGGAAGAAAAAGCUAGAUCAGAUGAUAGCGCUGACGUUAAUGAAAUAAAACGACCUCCAUCAGAAUACGAUUCCGCAGGAACUAUUGCAAUAACUGAAGGAGCAGAUUUCGAAAGUACGUCUUAUUCAACUGAAAAACUAAUGGAUGAAAACCAGCGAGUGUGUUACUUUUGUAAUGAAACAUUUACUAAGCCACCGAGGCCAUUUAGAUGUACUAUUUGUGCUGUGAGUUUUCGAACGAAAGGUCAUCUAUUGGUUCACGAACGCUCAACAUCCCAUAAUAUUAAAAUUUCAAUGGCACCAAAUUCAGAAAACGCUAAGCAUGUUGUGUCGGAGUAUUUAAAACAUUCCCGAAUAAAUUCCAUUUCUCUUGAUGAUUCUGUACAAAAUCAUGCAGAUCUAUCAAGCGACGAAGGUGACGGGAGUAAAAUAUCCAUGGAGGAAAAAACCAAAAUCGAUGAUAAUAUGGACGAUGACGGAAUAAAAUUGUCAGAGUAUGAACCACUGAGAUCUAAAGAUUUAACAGAAAGAAUAGAUUUAGAUAAUGAAGAUGGAUGGAAAGAUUGUGAUUUUUGUAACAAAAUGUUUAAAGAGUCUGCGCAAUUAAAAUUACAUCUUAAUAUACAUUAUAUGGAGAAGCCGUUUAGAUGUAGUGUAUGCGAUGUUACUUAUCGGGCAAAAGGAUAUCUUCAAAAAAAUGUGCGUUCAACGUAUAAUAACAAUAAAACUACUAAGAAACCUAAUUCUGAAAACGCAAAAUAUGUGGUUUCGGAAUAUUUAAAACACGCUCGAAUAAAUCCUAUCAAAAGCCUUGAUGAUUCUUUACAAAACCAUCCAGAUGUAUCAAGUGAUGAGUUAAAUUCAAAUAAGGUUCCUUUGGAUGAAAAAUCAAGAGUAGAGGAUAAUUCGGAGAGUGACGGAAUAAAAUUACCCUCACCAGAAUAUGAUUCAGUAGCGCCUAAAGUCGUUAUUGGGGUCGGAGGUGUAGCAUUUAAAGUGACUAAAGGAAAGGAGUUUGAAGGAUCAUCUUACUCUCCUGGAAAACUAAUGGAAGACGGGCGAAGGGUAUGUGAUUUCUGUAACAAAACAUUUACAAAACCAUCGCAAUUAAGAUUGCAUCUAAAUAUACACUACAUGGAAAGACCAUUCAGGUGCAGUAUAUGCGCUGUUAGUUUUCGAACAAGAGGCCAUCUUCAGAAACAUGAACGUUCGGCCUCUCAUCAUAAUAAAGUUUCAAUGACAUCUACGUUUGGAGCAGCGACUUCGUUUAAUCCACGACCAUUUCGCUGUUCAGAUUGUAACAUAGCAUUCAGAAUACAUGGACAUUUAGCUAAACAUCUUAGAAGCAAAAUGCAUGUGAUGCGUCUCGAGUGUUUGUUUAAAUUACCGUUCGGAACUUUUACCGAAAUCGAGCGAGCAGGUCUCAGUUUGACGGACAUCGACACAACAGAUUGCGCUAGUUCGUUAGCCAGUCUGCAAUCACUUGCGAGGAAGCUUCAUGAAAAAGACCCUACGAAGUUGGAAUAUAGAGAACCAAGCGGUUCAUUACCAACCCUGCCAGCGACUAGCAGGGAUUCUUCGGAGGAGGACGAUUCUGGUGUGAUUUCAGAAAAAACGUGUGACAGUGUAAAUGAUAGUGAGUUCAAGACUAUUGAAAACGAUAAAGGUCACGAUACUGAACUAAGAGUUAAUUAUAGUGCCACAGAUAAUUAGUGCCAAAAGUAAAAUUAAGUAGAAUAUUUUAUGUGCAAUUUUGUUUUUAUUUUAAAUCUAAAGUGUAAUUAUCCAUGCUGGGGUUUAACUCAGUUAUGUGUGAAAACAAAAUGAUGCGCUUUAACUAUAUUAUCCAUAACUGUAUUUUAUUUUAAAUAUGUAUAGUUCCGGAGACUAUUCUGUAAAUAUCUCAAAUUUAAUUAAUUUUAAUGUUGUUAUAUUUGCUUCCAUAUUAGGCUUAAUCAUUGUUAUAAUAUACAGCUCUAAGAAGAGAUAUGUAUGGUAUUUGUUAAAUGUUCUUGAAUUUGAGGCAAGAAACAGAUAACUUACGACACAUUCAGUUUUCAAAACGUAGUAAUAUGUGGUCCAUGAUUAAGGUUAUGCUUAUAAUAUCAUUGAAACAUAUUACAUAUUGAAAAGUGUAGUAUAGUUAUUACUCUUUUGUAUGUAUUUUUAUAAAAUAUAUAACAUAAUGUAUUUACACUGAACAACUACUUCCAAAAUCCUUUUAUAGUAUGAUAAUGUAAUUGGCAUAUCAACUUCCAUAAACGAAAUUUAGGUAAAGAUGUUUUGAAGAGUCUUCCAUAUCGAAAAAUAGUAAUUGUGCUAGAUAUUUGUUUUAUACUAGUUACUUACUCUUCAAUUGGGUAAAUAUUUGACUUGUGUGAUUUUAAACCCACGUAAUAUUUAAUAUUUGUAGUGUUUCUUUUCUUAAUUACUGUGUAUAAAUCAUUACAUUAUUGUGUAUAAAUAUUACCCAAAUAUAGUGAGUAAUUUGUAUUAAUGUUAUUGUGUCAAUACUGGAAUGUUUUGUUAACACUAUGUUCCUUCAAAGUUAGUCUAAGAACAAAAAUUAAUAAAUGGCCAGGGUUAGGUGGAUUCAACCAGAAAAGAGAAUGAGCAAGUAUUUAAAACUUUUUAAUAUUUACAAGUAAACUUAAACCGCUACAUUAAUGGAUUUUAUAAGCAUUAUGAAGUGGUAAAGGUAUUACUGAUUAUAGAUACAUUUAAUUAACAUAAGUCAGUAAUCCAAAAAUCUUGUAAUACAAAUGUGCAUUACUAACACCUCCAUCUAGCCGCCUAGAUGAUCCAUUUGAUUUCUCAGUAUUCAGUCACAAAAAACAUUAAUACUCAUUUACUUAACUAAAACUUUACAAAAAUCUUUAAAAGAUUUAUUUAGAAUAAAUAGAUGUUUCAUGGUUGUCUACCCUUUUCCCGGAUUGUAGUUGUCGUCUUACACCUACAAUCCGCAAAAUGUAUUAAAGAAACCUACGAUUUUUUCAAGUUAUAGUUAUUAAUAUUAGGAAAUUCAAAUGGUCCAACUAUGAUUUUAUUAUCUUGUCGAAAAUGUGAUUAUUUAUUAAGCUGCUUGCUUCAAAGAAUUGGGCCGCUGGCAUUUCUUUUUUUGAGUCAUCUUGUGAUAACAAAGUAAGAAGUAAAAUCCAUUUAACGUAGGUAUAUUCAAAUUCAAAGUAUGCGAUUACUCGUAACUUUAACGGGUGUAGGUGGAUACUAGGAGGCAAUUUAUUUAUUUACUUAUGGCAUAUGCAUAACAAUCAUAGUUUGUAAACUUGCUUACAAAAGUUUACAGAUAAUUUAUAUAUUUAAUUGAUUUAUCUCAAUUUCAUUAGCUAUAGCUGUAAAAAACAUACCUAUUUUAUAGAAUUACUAGCGGACCCGGUCAAGCUUGGCUUUGACUUAUGUGCACUUUUUCCCUAUCCCUACCCUACUCCUACCCCUAAAUAACUGAUUUUGUGCAAACUUUACAUAAACCAUCUACUAAAUAGUCCGAAAAAGGCCUAAACAUUUGGUUUGGAUAGAUGAGCCCGUUCUUGAGUUAUAAAAUUAGAACGAAAUGUGGCAUUGAUUGUUAUAUAUAUCCUAGUAGAUAUAGGCAUGUUUUUUGAUGUCGCAGAUAUUUUAACCUAUUUACUGCACUUAAGUGAAAUCUUAAUUUCAUCUAAUACUCGUAAAUCAUUCAGUUCAAUCAUAAAUCACUAUAAAAAAUAUCUUCUUAUCUAUUGACAAGAACAGAGGUAUUGAGUUUGCAUAAUUCGAGGACCGCUUUCUGUUUACAGUAUUGAACUCAGAACGAUUCGUACAAAAUCGUAAUCUGCAUGCUCACACUCAAUACCUCACAGCACCUGGACUUUAUUACGAGUAUAGAUCUUUUCCUCCUAGAAGACAAUUUGUUCAUAACUUAGGAUGUAGUAGUUGGCAGCACUAACGCCAUUGUGUGUGACGUUAACGGACGUCAACACAAUAAGAAUGCGUUUUUAAAUUUAGAAUAAUAUAGAUGUAGACCGUACAACAUCGAAACCUGUUUACCAAAAAAUCGUUAAUUACAACCAUUACCGAUGAGCCUUAGUUUGCACAGGCAAAGGCGGUUUUGUUGUGGUCACCUAACUAUUACAUCCCAGCCAAAUAUUUCAAAUCAACAUUCAUUUAUUUCAAGUAGGCUUAGUUUACAAGCACUUUAGAAACGUCAAGGUUGAAUAUUUGUAAAGACUCCACUGGUUCAGAAAGCCAGAAAAUAGUUAAAUAAUAACUAUAAUAUUAUAUGGAUGACCCUUAAUAAUUGCUGUGUUCAGCUAUCGGCGCCUUUGUGAAGCUCUUUUUCAAUGUUUUUAUAAUAUAGUUAACAUGAAAGUCUUUUGUUUUAAUAACUUGUAGUCAUUUUAAUUUUUGAUGGUAUAAUUGAAAUAAUAAUAGUUAUGUAUUGUCAACUGCCUAAAUAACUGUUUAUGUCGAAAUAUUUUGAUGUAGAAUAUAAUAUAUGUACUUGAAAAAUAUCAUUCAAUAUACAUUAAUAUAUAUGUAUACCUACUACAAUAGGUACAUACUUAGAAAUAUAAAAAUGUUGGUACUAAUUAAACCUUAUUGUAAUAUAUUUUUUGUUGUUUUGAAUAUUUGUAUAGGCCUAUAUGAAGUUGCAAAGAUGGUAUGGUAGAUAUAGGUAAAACAUAUAAAAAAUAUUGUAUUUUUAUAUCACAAGAUUUAAAAAGGCAACUGGUAUUUUGUUUAUGAAAUGGUAAUAGUAAGGUGAAUAAAUACAAAUGUCAAAUAUUUGCCCAUUUAUUGUUUACAUACUAUACAUUAUAUAGAUAUUUUAUAAUGAUAAGAUUAAAGUAAAUGUAAAAUUGAAAA